UGAAUCUGUUAUUAGUAUUUAUAUCAGCGAAGGUCGUAGGAUCCAAGGAAGUAUCUUUUUCACUCUAAAGAGGUCGCACUGACUUGAAAUUGAGAUCCUGUGAAUUUAUGAGCAACAUGGAAACUUUUAGAGUCCAAAGUCCAAAUGUUCAGUACACCACAGACUACAUAGAAAGCAAGUAUACAUAUGAAACCACUCAAGUGGACUGUAGUUCAAAGGGUUCCUAUGUUGUCCGACCAGUUGAAACACAGUACACAUUCCGCACUGACAGACGAGUCCCAAAGGUUGGAUGCAUGUUGGUUGGUUGGGGUGGUAAUAACGGAUCCACGAUCACAGCAGCAGUGCUGGCAAACAAGUUGGGUUUGUCAUGGGACACAAAACAUGGCGUCAAGAAAGCAAACUAUGUUGGUUCUCUGACUCAGUCUUCCACUAUAUGCCUUGGCACAGGACCCAAUGGUGAUGUAUACAUACCACUGAAAGAUAUUCUUCCUAUGGUUCACCCUGAUGAUAUUAUUUUUGAUGGAUGGGACAUCUCAUCACUGAAUAUAGCUGAUGCAGCUGAAAGAGCACAAGUUUUAGAUUGUGGAUUACAGAGACAGUUGAGACCUUACCUGGAAAAAAUGAGGCCACGACGUUCCAUCUACUGCCCUGAUUUUAUCGCGGCAAAUCAAGUCGAUCGUGCCGACAAUGUUUUGUCUGGUAGCAAGCAGGGGAUGAUGGAACAGAUAAGGACAGACAUACGCGAUUUUAAGCAGAAGAAGAAUCUUGAUAAGGUUAUUGUCCUAUGGACAGCCAAUACCGAGAGAUUCUGCGAUGUCAGUGAAGGUCUGAAUGACACAGCUGAAAAUCUGUUGAUGUCUAUUGCAAAGAAUGAAGAGGAGGUUUCUCCAUCAACCAUCUUUGCUGUUGCAAGCAUCUUAGAGAAGUGCUCUUACAUUAAUGGUUCACCUCAAAACACAAAUGUUCCAGGAGUUGUGGAACUUGCAAAACAGCAUGGAACCUUUAUUGGGGGUGAUGACUUCAAAUCUGGACAGACGAAAAUGAAAUCUGUCCUUGUGGACUUUUUAGUCAGUGCUGGUUUGAAGCCAGUUUCUAUUGUCAGCUACAACCAUCUUGGAAAUAAUGAUGGAAAAAACCUCUCUGCACCUAAACAGUUCAGAUCAAAAGAGAUAUCCAAGAGCAAUGUUGUGGAUGAUAUGGUGGAAUCCAACCGCAUUCUAUAUGAGAAAGGAGAGAAGCCAGACCACUGUGUAGUCAUCAAAUACGUCCCAUAUGUGGGAGACAGCAAGCGUGCUAUGGAUGAGUACACAUCCGAAAUAUUCAUGCACGGCCAUAACACCAUCGUACUACAUAACACUUGUGAGGACUCUCUACUAGCGGCACCUAUCAUUUUGGACCUGGUUAUCCUGUGUGAGGUCUGUGAGCGAAUCAAGUUUAAAGUCGGAGAUGACCCAGAGUUCCAGUCGUUCAACCCAGUCCUCUCUCUCCUUAGUUACCUUCUUAAGGCUCCGUUAGUUCCCAGUGGUACCCCGGUCGUCAACGCCCUCUUCAAGCAGAGGAGCUGCAUCGAAAACAUUUUCAGGGCAUGCGUUGGGUUAAAACCCCAGAAUCACAUGACGCUGGAACACAAACUUUCAAGGGAAGUUCACCAACCGCUGGAGCAAAAUGGAGUCGCAGACAUCCACAAUCACCUGGAAAACGGAAUUAAAAAGAAUGGUUACGUCAACGGAGAAACAAAGGACUUGAAACACUUUCACAUGAAUGGAGAUAUAACGCAAGUGAAAGAAAUUAUGUGAAAUAAUCAGAUAAUAGUCGUCUUCAAUUAUCAUUUCCUGCAAAAUAUAUCUGCCUAAGCGAAGCUGAAAACCCUCGCCUGUCGAAACGAUUUCCACAGUAAGGAUAUCACAAACAGGCGCCAUUUUGAGUUGCCAAAAAAGCUACGUGUCCGGAUUCACGUUUGUUCUUGAUAACAGAACUUCAAAAUGCAAAGUUCAUGCUAUAAAAGACAAGAAUUAAGCUGUUUUUAAGAAGACGAAAACUAUGCUUUUGCCCCAGGAAAGUUGUUUUCAUGUUGAAAGAUAUUUUUCUUGUAAUUGCAUGUUCAAAUUAUUUUUGACGUCUUUUUUUUGUUUGUUUUUCAUCGAGUCAGAGGUUGAAAGCGCUUUGUGUGAUUGUCCAAGGGACAAAUUAUUUUAAUUGGAGGACAUACUUUUGCCCCACACUAAUUUGGCGACUGGAAUGGGUGGAAUGGAGUUAUAUUAUAGACAGUAUUAUUGUCACAUUAUAGCAUUAAAACAACAUGAGCCCUAACUUAAAAGAAUAUUUUAUGUAAGGAAAAUAAGUUAUGUUGGGAAAAUGUUUAAAGAGAUUUCAAUACUGUGUGCAGUCGAGUGUCAAAAAAAUAAAUUCAAUUUGUUAAAUAUUAUUGAAUAAAAACUCGAUCUGGUAUUCAAUAUAA